CGUUUGGGGGGAAGGAUGAGGCAUUUCACCGAAGUCUCUUAUCUUCUAGCUUGCAGUGUAAAAUCCUCAUGUGAGCUCCUUGGCGUAGCAUUAGGACGUCUCCGCUGUCUGGGUCCUUGGUGACGUGGGAUUAGCUACAGCCACACUUGGGACAGCCAUGUAAACCAUCAGCCUCAGCCAGUGCCUGGCAGGCAGGAAGAAGACACACAGGUCAAUGGUGAAGGAACUGACUUCCUCAUCAGGACACACUCCAGAUUAAGGUUUUAAGGCAUUAAUCAGGCUGGACUCUGUCACUUCUGCUGACCUGGACAUAUUUUUUCUGGGGAAAUUUUGCUACCCUAAGUCUUAGGGCUCUCUCAUGACUGCUGGUCAACUUCCUCAGGCUGGAGAUUACUAGCGCUUCACAGAAAUUAUCUGCUCAGCAGCCAUGCAUCAUUUAUAACAAUCUCUGGCAAAACCUCAGAAAAAGAUACGCGCUUGUCUCAUCUGGCAGAGCCCAGUGAAAACACUCUUCGGGUGGAAGCGACUCCAGCCGUGGGGCAGCCUCGUGGGGUUUGCUUCUCUGAAGGAGUAUGACCCAGUUAGGAAGGAAGGAAGAGCCACACGUCAAACACAGUCACCAGUGAAACCAGAGAGGGGCUGGACUCCGGCUUCUCCACAGGACAGUGGACCCCUUCUAUCGGAAAUGGCCCACGAAGUGGACCUGGAGUCCUUCAAGGAGUUGGAACGGGACAUCAUUCUCCGUGUCCUAUAUCGUGAUCAAACUGUUCAAAGCACCGAGGAGGAAAGGGUCCGGAAACUGAAAUCACACCUGCAGCAUCUUCGGUGGAAGGGGGCGAAGAGCUCUAGCCAGGAAUACAAGGAAAAGUGCUGUGCACGUUGCCAGCGGGCUCUGGGCCUUCUGCUGAACCGUGGGGCCGUGUGUCAGGGCUGCAGCCACCGCGUGUGUUCCGAGUGCCGUGUGUUCCUGCGGAGGACUCGUGCAUGGAAGUGCACGGUUUGCUUUGAGGACAGAAACGUGAAAAUCAAAACCGGAGAAUGGUUCUUUGAAGAACGAGCCAGGAAAUUUCCAACUGCAGGCCGACGCGAGACCGCUGGGCCCCCGCUCCUGCAAUCUUAUCAGAGGCUGAGCAAAAUCUCUGUGGUCCCUCCGACACCACCACCUUUCAGUGAGAGCCAGUGCAGCAGCUCCAGCAGGUUACAGGAACUUGGCCACUUCAGAGGAUUUAAUAAGUCUGUGGAAAACUUGUUUCUGUCUGUCACCACCCAGAUGAGAAAGCUCUCCAAGUCCCAGAAUGACAUGACCUCUGAGAAGCAUCUUCUGGCCAUGGACCCCAGGCAGUGUGUGGGCCACACGGAGAGGCGGAGCCAGUCAGACACUGCAGUCAACGUGACUUCCAGGAAGGCCAGCACACCCGAUAUUCUGAAAGCGUUCCAUCAAGAAGAUCCUAAACACCCUCCCGACCCUGUUUUGAAGCAAGACACUCCCCCGUCCAGUCCGACACACAGCGCUGUCUUCUCUGGAGGCUUGAGACACGGAGCAUCAACAGCACCUGCACAGAGAUGGGUAAUUUUGACAAUGCUAAUGUCACUGGAGAAAUAGAAUUUGCCAUUCAUUACUGCGUUAAAAGCUGCUCUUUA